AUGGCUACAGAAAGACUCAAUCAGGUCAGGACAUCCAUAUUCCAGGCGUCCCAGUCCCUUCUCCAGACUCUCUCGACCUCUCUUGGACCUAGAGGGUUAGACAAGAUGAUAGUGAAGGACAAGAAGACAGUUGUGACCAAUGACGGGGCUACUAUUCUGAAGUACUUGAAUCAGCAUCCGAUCCACGGGAUUCUAUCGAAUAUGUCUGCAGCACAGGAUGAGGAAUGCGGAGAUGGAACAACGAGUGUUGUUAUUCUUGCAGGGUGUUUACUGGAGAGUGUCAGCAACCUAGUUGAAAGGAAUGUUCACCCUUCUGUUAUUUGCGACAACCUGGAGAUUUCAAAGAAGAUUGGCCUCAAAUACAUUGACAAGGUAAAGAUGGAAUGCGACAGAAGAGAUUUUAUUAACAAUGUUUCGACAGCACUAUGCUCAAAAAUAGCAUCUUCUACGGGAGAGAUGGCAGAAGCAGCCAUCAAGGGAAUGGAGUAUGUCAAUGGAGAUAAGAGGAAGAUCCGGGUUGUCAAGAGGACGGGGGGAGGCUUGGACGAUGUGAAGGCAUACAAAAGCAUCUUGCUGGAAUGCGACUUCAAGGAGAUUCCAAAGAAGGCAAAGCUAGGAGUUGCUCAGUUUUGCCUGAGUGCUCCAAAGACCAAUAUGGACAGCAAGAUUCUGGUCAACGACCCUGCAUUGAUGGAAAAGAUUAUUCAGGACGAAAGAAAAUACAUUCUAGAGAUGUGUAAAAAGAUAAAGAAAAGCGGGUGUACUCUUCUGGUGAUCCAAAAGAGCAUAUUAAGGGAAUCUUUAAGCGACCUUGCUAGCCACUUCCUUAAGCAAUUGAAUAUUCUUGUAGUUAAUUCUGUCGACAGAAAGGACGUAGACUACAUCUGCAGUACAAUAGGGAUCCAGCCUGUUUCUGAAAUAGAUUUGUUAAACCCGGGCUCUCUGGUUGAUGUCGAUAUUGGAGAGGUGGAAGGAAUGCUGGAGAUCAAGGAACAUGGAUGCACCAUACUGCUAAGAGGAUGCGACGAUAUGGUUGUCGAAGAGGCAGAAAGAUCCUUAAAUGAUGCACUAUGUGUUGUGAAAUGCCUUGAGGAGCUUCCAUUCCUAGUUCCGGGAGGAGGGUCUGUUGAGAUGGGAAUUUCAUUGAUGCUCUCGGAAUCCACAGAAGGGAAUGUCUAUGUGCUAAGAGAGAUAGCAAAGGCGUUUGAGGGAGUCCCUUACUUCCUUGCAAGAAAUGCUGGGCUUUAUCCUGUGGAAAUAGUUUCCGAGCUAAGAAGCGAGCUAAAGCAGAAUGACUGUGCAGGAAUUAGUGUUAGAAGUGGCCAUGCAGGAGACAUGGUCAAAGAAGAUUCUGUAGUCCAACCGGCAAAAGUAAGCAUUAGUAUUGUCACUUUGGCAAUAGAGACUGUCUCUAUGAUAUUGAAGAUCGAUGAUAUCCUCCCUACAAGAAGAUAA